CGAUGGCACAUGGAAAUUCGUUCCAAAAUAUAAGAAGCCAGAUAUCGAAAUCAGUUUUUCAAAUACUCUGAAACUUUAUACUACGAAACCGUCGACCUUGGCGCCACUUUCAAAUUUGCCGCCUACAGCUCCAGCGCCUGCAAAGCAAGCGUCUUGGCUUGAAACUGCGCCAGCACGUCCCGCAGCGCGGCCGCGUCGAUCGCUCCCGUGUGCACAAAGAACUUGCGCUCGGAGAUGUCGAGCAGGAUCGCAUGCGGGCCGUGGACGGACUCGGACUUGGUGAGGUUGUGGAUCUGGUCGGCGAUGCCGCUCUCCUUGUCCUUGCUCGUGAAGAAGAUCACCGCCGGCUCGUCCGAUACUGUGCACACGUCCCCUUGACACACGACUCCCUUGCUCGACUCUGCCGCGAGGGUCUUCAGAGUCGCGUCCACCGCGACUUGCUCCGCUUCGCUCAGCGACGAGUAGAACACGACCAACGACGGCUUUUCGUUGAUGGAGAACCCACCGGAACUCGCGCCUUCCGACAGAUCCACGACCGACUUGGGGGCCCACGGAAACCCCUUGGGGUCCGACCGCACCACGGACACCGCGUCCUUGUUGACCACCGGACGGGUCGGACCGCGGUUCGGGCCCAACACGACCAAGUGAGGAAUGCCUUCCACGUCGUACACCUCGCCCAGCUCCUCGUACACUGCGCUGGCAGACUCGAACGGAAUCGCGAGCCACGGCAUCUUCUUCAAGUACCCGUCAAAGUCGCCCUGCGACCGAUCGCCGCUCACAAACACAAUCUCGAGCUCGUUCCCCGCGGUCUUGGCGGCGGCGUACGCUUCCGCGAGGACGGGCGUGAAGUUCUGGCACGGGCCACACCACGACGCAGAAAAGUACAGACCCAAGUGCUUCCCCUUGAGGUCCGCCGCGCUGAACGACUGGCCGUCGCGGUUGACGAAGUGGUUGCCCAGGAUCUGCGGAAGGGUCUUGGGGACGUACGGAAAAUGGAGGCCUUCGGGGUCCUGGGACACCUUGCUUCGGGCGUUCGGGUUGAUCGUGUUGCCGUGCUCGUCCACAAUCACGAGCGUGGGGAUGCCCUGGACCUUGUACAACGAGUUCAACGCGCUGUGGACGUCACGCGCGGCAAACGGGACCGCCGCCCACGGCAUCUCGCCAAAGUACUCGUCGAACGACGCUUGGUCCUUGUCGGAGCUGACAAACACGAUCUCAAACGGCUUCCCGCUGGCUUGCAACGUCUUGUAGUACGUGGCCAGCUCGGGAGUGAAGCCGCGGCAAGGCGGGCACCAGUGCGCGCUGAAGUAGAUGCCCACGGUCUUGCCGUGGAGGAUUUCCGCCGUGGACACUUCCUUUCCUCCCUUCUGGAGCAGCGUCGGGCCAAGGAGCGGCACGAACGGCGAUGUAAAGCCAAAGACGGACAUAAUUGGGAAAUGACGUCGGUCGACUUCGAUGGAAUUUGAGUGACGGCGGUGGAAAUUCCGCCGGAAAACCUGAUGGAUAGAGGCCACGGGUAUCCGGAUGUCCACCACACUGUACGGUUGUAUCGAAAUAUGUUUCAAUACUUUAUUCAAGAUAAAUUCCCACGUGCAAACCCACCAUACGAUCCCACGACAAGUACAAUCGCUACAUAACUUUGCUGGAAGAGUGAGUGAAGCACUUCAUGAUUCCAUCGAAGUCGACCGACGUCAUUUCCCAAUUAUGUCCGUCUCUGGCUUUACAUCGCCGUUCGUGCCGCUCCUUGGCCCGACGCUGCUCCAGAAGGGAGGAAAGGAAGUGUCCACGGCGGAACUCCUCCACGGCAAGACCGUGGGCAUCUACUUCAGCGCGCACUGGUGCCCGCCUUGCCGUGGCUUCACUCCCGAGCUGGCCACGUACUACAAGACGUUGCAAGCCAGCGGGAAGCCGUUUGAGAUCGUGUUUGUCAGCUCCGACAAGGACCAAGCGUCGUUCGACGAGUACUUUGGCGAGAUGCCGUGGGUGGCGGUCCCGUUUGCCGCGCGUGACGUCCACAGCGCGUUGAACUCGUUGUACAAGGUCCAGGGCAUCCCCACGCUCGUGAUUGUGGACGAGCACGGCAACACGAUCAACCCGAACGCUCGAAGCAAGGUGUCCCAGGACCCCGAAGGCCUCCACUUUCCGUACAUCCCCAAGACCCUUCCGCAGAUCCUGGGCAACCACUUCGUCAACCGCGACGGCCAGUCGUUCAGCGCGGCGGACCUCAAGGGGAAGCACUUGGGUCUGUACUUUUCUGCGUCGUGGUGUGGCCCGUGCCAGAACUUCACGCCCGUCCUCGCGGAAGCGUACGCCGCCGCCAAGGCCGCGGGGAACGAGCUCGAGAUUGUGUUUGUGAGCGGCGAUCGGUCGCAGGGCGACUUUGACGGGUACUUGAAGAAGAUGCCGUGGCUCGCGAUUCCGUUCGAGUCUGCCAGCGCAGUGUACGAGGAGCUGGGCGAGGUGUACGACGUGGAAGGCAUUCCUCACUUGGUCGUGUUGGGCCCGAACCGCGGUCCGACCCGUCCGGUGGUCAACAAGGACGCGGUGUCCGUGGUGCGGUCGGACCCCAAGGGGUUUCCGUGGGCCCCCAAGUCGGUCGUGGAUCUGUCGGAAGGCGCGAGUUCCGGUGGGUUCUCCAUCAACGAAAAGCCGUCGUUGGUCGUGUUCUACUCGUCGCUGAGCGAAGCGGAGCAAGUCGCGGUGGACGCGACUCUGAAGACCCUCGCGGCAGAGUCGAGCAAGGGAGUCGUGUGUCAAGGGGACGUGUGCACAGUAUCGGACGAGCCGGCGGUGAUCUUCUUCACGAGCAAGGACAAGGAGAGCGGCAUCGCCGACCAGAUCCACAACCUCACCAAGUCCGAGUCCGUCCACGGCCCGCAUGCGAUCCUGCUCGACAUCUCCGAGCGCAAGUUCUUUGUGCACACGGGAGCGAUCGACGCGGCCGCGCUGCGGGACGUGCUGGCGCAGUUUCAAGCCAAGACGCUUGCUUUGCAGGCGCUGGAGCUGUAGGCGGCAAAUUUGAAAAUGGCACCAAGGUCAACGGUUUCGUAGUAUAAAGUUUAAGAGGUCCUGAGAUUGUUUUUUGCUUUUUGAGUGAAAAAAGAUUUGGAAAAAUCGAAAAAAUAGAGACGGUUUCAUCCAAGAUACGAGGAUACUUGUUCCAACCGCGGCCCAAACAAACCCCUCGCGAGCAUCCCUUCGAGCUCGACCGCGACGCCGUCGUCGUCAUGUGAGUGUUCCGUGACCUUGUUCGCCGCUCUCUUGACGGACGGAAUGGCGUUCUGCAUGGCGAUGCCCAUUCCCGCCGCUUCCACGAACUCCAAGUCGUUGGCUCCGUCUCCGAACGCGACGGUCUCGGCGAUGGGGAUCUGCAGGUGCUGCGCGAGUCGGUGGAGUCCCACGCCUUUGUUGAUGUGUCGGGGCACACACUCGACGAAAUAGCUGUACGAGUUGACCUGCAGGUCCGCCGACACCUGAUCGACUAGCGCUGCAUGGAUGGCGGCCGGGUCGUCGCCCAGUACCGCGACUUGGCAAGGCGCGACGGCGUCGAGGUCGUAGGCGGGGACGAUGUUGAACUGCGCGCCAGUGCGGGUGCUGUAUCGAUGGAUGAGAUCGUGGUGUGCGGGGUGCGAUGGCCGUACGUGGAUGAUCCCGCGGACUUCGUCGUACAGGUUUACGCACCGAUGCAUGUCCUCGGCGGCGCGAAGGACGGAGCGUACGCUAUCGACCGACAUGGUGUCAACGUAGAGUGGACGGCGAUGGGAGUCGAAGGCCGCCGCUCCGUUGCACGACAGGAUCGUGCAGGGGUGGGCAAGACCGAGUUGACGCUCCGAGUCCGCCAUGCACGCAAUGGACCGACCCGAGCAAAGUGACACGACGGCGCCGGUCGCGGCCACUCGUUGGAUGGCGGCGGCCGUCCGCGCAGUCACUCUACUGGAGGCAUUGAGAAGAGUGCCAUCCAAGUCGAGCGCGAGAAGGGAAUACAGCCGCGCCAUGACACAUGCGAGAAUGCUGCGGAAGUCCAAGGUUCCAUCACAGUCACUUUGCGUUAUCCGGAUAAAUGAGUAAUAUGAACCGAUAACACUA